AUGGAACGUGUUCUGCAAGAGGUUGCCGACCUGGAAAACUUUGAGCACCGUUUUUCUGUGAACGAGCAGGCCAUCGAUGAGCUUGUCGAGGCCUUGCUUGAGGAGCCGGAGGUUCAGGCAAUACUGGUUCCUGACUUGGUGGAAGCAGAGGUAUACCGGUAUGCGCUCCAACGCAUCUUGUGCAUUGCACAGUUCAUGCUGUCGCAGUUGCAGAUUCGCCUUUUUGGGACCCAAGUUCGCCUGGGCCUCUUUGCAGACCAUUCUCAGGCACCAGGACUGGCAGAUAAGAAGGCAGAGGACGGACUGCCGCUCAUUGCUGUCCGAGAGAAAGAUGUGCAAUCUGUCCUCGCACGAAUAGAAGAUGAGCAGCAUCGCAUUGAGCGGGAGCUUGGACUCCGGCGCGGCAAUCUGCACUUGAGACGGAGCUCCUUGGAUGGCCCCUUACUCACACACGUGGAUCUAGACGAGCCGGAGGACGUGCACGAGUUCACUACGAUGGCUGCACAGGAUCGGUUGGCCCGCUGCCUGGCAAUUCAGCGAAAUGUCUCUGUGCCCAUCGAGACUGCGUUCCAGAUGGUUUCCGAUGUGAACGCAUAUCCCCAGUGGAUGCCGUUCUGCACCUCGGCCUUCGUGACCUCCAAAGAAGAGGCAGAAGGACCAAGUGCAUCAAGCAGCACAAAGUUUGCCACAAAGCUCAAGUGUGACGUAGGUUUCGGCCUUGACACUGGAACCGCCCUGGGUGCCGUGGGUGACACCAUCAAGUACCAGGUCAGCGUGCUUCCCCCCACAGGUGACAAAGCUGCAGUAUCACAGAUUUGUCACCAACAACCUGGCGAUGUUCGCCGUGUCGCCCGAGUGGUGGCUGAUACUUUGGAUGGCUUCCGCUACGGCAAACGGCUUAUCUAUGAUUGGAGGUUCAUCGAGGUUGCAAGGGGGCACACAGAUGUUCGACUGGACAUGUUUUUCCAAGCCCGGAACUUUUUCUUCCUACCAAUUUGGGACAGCAUGCAGGCCACCGUAACAUCAGUGAUGAUGCGCGAGUUUCAGAAACGAGCCGCUGGUUGCUCAGAGUCCCAGCGCCUGCUAUUUUGA